AUGAUUUCCCUACUUCCCUCGGAACUGGUAAUUACAGUGUGUUCUGUUGUCUCUAAUCUAACUUUAAAACUUGUUCAGACACAGAUGAGCCUGUCUCCUGAAGCCGCCCUGCCCCGGGUCGCUCCGGAGCUGCGGCCGCUGCUCUCCCACGUGGUUAGGCACGGACGCGUGGGUCUGGACUCCAGCAACUGCCUCCGAGUCACAGACAUCAAGACUGGAUACACUUCUGUGCCCUUUAGUUUCUUAGCUUGA